AUGGGCGCUCCCAAGAAGAAGGGCCUCAAGCCCGAGCCGAGCCGCAGCCGCUUCCAAGAGGGCUCCAUGAACGACCGCGCCUCUGCCGUGCCGCCGUCCCAGUUCCUCGGGCCCGACGAGAUCGAGGCGCUGGAGAGGCCGCUGGACGCCGAGCUCGAGCAGCACCAGUAUAACCUGCGGAGCUCCCGCCGCUCUCAGGACACCACGCGCCAUCUCCAGCUGUACAUGUCCCGGCAAGCCCCCAGCAUCGCUCCCAGCAUCGCCCCGAGCGUCGCGCCGAGUGUCGCGCCCAGCGUGGCACCGAGCACUGCUACCACGUCGCCCAAGAAGGGCGUCCUGGGCCAGGUGUGGGAGGGCGUUCGAGGGCGCUUCAAGCUCAAGAAGGAUACGCCAUCGGCAUCACCAGAGCAGAAGAAGCAGGAGACCCCUUCGACCCCUUCGCCCAAGAAGCCUACGCCCGGUGUGUUCGACGACAGGCCCACUAGGGAAGAGGCCUUGGCGAGCUACCAUCUGCUGGUCGAGUCGGGCUUCUUCACCUCUCAUGCCAUCCAGUCCACGCGACAGCCUCCUCCGCCGGGCUACGUGCGGCAACGGCCAGCUACCAGCCACCAGGCGCUUCCUUCAACACCGCCGCCGCCGCUGCCGCCUACCCAUGCUCCCCCUUCUCUGCCUCCGCCGCCAAAGUGGCCUCUCAACACGACGCCCAAGACGCCCAGGACGCCCAGGAGCAACAGGACGUCGCUAUCCAUCAUGACGCCUGCCAGCAGUGACUCGAGAGGCACCAAGCGGACCGCAAACGAGAACCAGCCGUCGUCCCCCGAGAUCCAGAUCCACCAGGACGAAAGGCCGAAACCGAACCGGACCAGGGAAUCGCGCACCAAGAUCCGUAAGACGGCUUCUCGCGACUUUAACAUUCCCAUCCUUCGCAGCUCUGGAUCCCGGCGGCAGCUCUCGACCGGCCGGACAAAGGCUCGCAAGCACCCGAGCAGCACCAGCCUCCCGCCCGUGGUCAUUCACCACUAUCACAGCGCGUCGAGCCGGCAUAGCAGGCGGUCCUCCCACCUGCUGUGCGCAACCUCGCCCACAUCGUCUGCGGCCUCAUCCCCUCGCGCGUCCCUCGACAGCACGUCGUCCUGCCGAGACAGCGGCGAGAGCGUCUACAGCGUUCGUGCCAUCGGCUCGGGAUCCAAGAGCUCCCGGCUGCUGCGAGCGAGAAAAACGGCUCCCGCUGCUGCUGCUUCUGCCGCUGCCGCGGAGCCCCUCAAGGUGGUUCCCAACGCCAACCGAGGGAUCCCCAGCGUCCCCUCUAUUCCCGCCAAGUAUACCUUUGGAGAAGAUCGAGAGAAUGGUCAGCCCUGGCGGGGGCUGAGACGGUGA